AUGGCUUCAGCUGUCAAGAGGACCGCCCUUAAGCUGGGUAUGAUCCCCGCUGAUGGUAUAGGUAAAGAGGUUUUACCUGCCGCUCAAAGAGUUCUCGAAGCCCUCGGUUCCUCAAUCCCCAAACCGACUUUCAUCCCUCUCAAAGCAGGAUGGGAAGAAUUCCAAGCCAAUGGAAAGGCCCUUCCCGACGAGACAGUCAAGAUCCUCAAGGAAGAAUGUGACGCAGCAAUGUUCGGUUCCGUUUCCUCCCCCUCACACAAGGUCGCAGGUUAUUCUUCUCCUAUCGUCGCUUUGAGAAAACAUUUAGAUUUAUAUGCCAAUGUUAGACCAGUCUCUUCUGUACCUAUACCCAAUCAAAAAUCAUACCAUCAAUGUGAUAUGGUGAUUGUUCGUGAGAACACUGAAUGUCUCUAUAUCAAGAAAGAAGAGAUCAAAACCAACGAUGAUGGAUCGAAAAUUGCUUUCGCAACUAGACAGAUCACUUCUAGGGCCAGUUCAAGGAUCGGUAAGAUGGCUUUUGAAAUUGCCCUUAGAAGAGGUCAAGAGAGACAACAGGCUAAACAAGCUGGUAAAGAUGUUUGGUGGAAUGGUGAACCCAAAGUCACCAUCGUGCAUAAAUCGAAUGUACUCAGUGUGACGGAUGGUUUGUUUAGAGAGAGUGUGAGAGCCAUUAAGGAAGGUACGGAUAGAUAUAAUGGUGUCAAGAUGGAGGAACAAUUGGUUGAUUCCAUGGUAUACAGGAUGUUCAGAGAACCAGAGAUCUUCGAUGUCGCUGUCGCCCCUAACCUCUACGGUGAUAUCAUCUCCGACGGUGCUGCCGCUCUCGUCGGAUCUUUGGGUCUCGUACCAUCAAUCAACGCAGGUGACGAUUUCGUCAUGGGUGAACCUGUUCAUGGUUCUGCUCCUGAUAUUGAAGGUCAAAACAUUGCCAACCCAAUUGCGUCUAUCCGAUCCGCCGCCCUUCUUCUCUCAUCAUUAGGCUACGUCGAGCCCGCCUCUCGAAUCAACGCUGCCGUUGACGCAGUCUUGACUGAAGGUCAAUACCUCACUCCUGAUUUGGGCGGUAAAUCAUCUACUACAGAUGUCACCGAAGCUAUCCUCAAGAGGCUCUAA